AUGGGGCUGUGGACCUUGGUCGUCUCCUCUGCUGUGGUUGCUUUCCUCAGCUGGGCAGGGUACCACAUUCGGAGCGUGAUCGUGGACAACUGCGAUCACUGUGACACCGGCGGUGGACAGGACCCCCAGAAAGCUUUCGAGAGCUAUGCUGAGAGGGCUGAGCAGUGGAAGGAGGGGCGCCUUGAGGAUUGGGACAAGGCUGUUAGCGGGCCAGCUUCGAAAGCCGAGGCGGAGGAGCUCCAGCCCUUUCUUAAAUGGUUCGGCUCCUUCCUGGCAGAGAGGAACAUUAGCUCUGUGGUGGACGUGUCUUCCGGGCACUGGCCGUCGGGCUGGCAGCGCGGCGUGGGCUGGUCGGGCCAGGAUUACCUUGGGGUGGACAUCACCCCCAAGAUGAUCGAGGACAACGCGGCCUUCUUUCAGGACAAGACGCCCCAGGAAUACGGCUUGCGCUCCGCAACCUUUCAAGUUGGGGACAUGAUGAAAGAGCUGCCACCGGCAGACCUACUGGUCACCAAAGACACGAUCAUCCAUAUUCCGAACUGGGCUAUAUUGAAGUUCCUGGAAACCAAUGUCAACGUCUGCCCCCCGCGUUUCAAGGAAGUGCUGUUCAUCCAUGACCGUCCACCUUACUGGAAGUUUCGUUGGGGAGGCGUGCCCCUGGUGCGCCACAUUGUCAGGAACUGGGACUGCCCUCGCUUCUCGGACUUCCACGAGAUCGACUUAAGGGUAGCACCCUAUCACCUCGACGUUGCCAACGUCUUCGAGUUCAACUCUUCCACCCGGGCAGACCGGGUGAUGGACAACCCCAAACUGGUCCAGUACCUGAAGACAGAUUGCGGUGCGAAGUCGGGCUGA